AUUUUAUUUUAAUAACUAUCAAACGCGAAAUUGACGUCUUUAAUAAACUGACACAUCACGAGUUUACACACAUUUUCACCUAAUUAUUCACGAAUAUGCCAUCAGCAACAAUCCCCAUUUCCGGCAAUGACGUCACUCCAACCUACACAACCAUCCCCAUUUCCGGCAAUGACGUCAUUAACCGAUCAAUUCAAAACCUCUCCACUUUCCUUUCCCGUACUCGACCUUGGCCGGAAUUUCUCGCCGUCACAAACGCCGUUAACAUUCCGUCAUCUUUCUCCGAUGCCGCAAUUCGCAUUCGCCGGAGCUUUAAAUACUUCUCCGUUAACUAUGCUUUUGUUAUCACUGCUUGUAUAGCCGGUUCACUGAUUGGAUCGCCGGUUUAUUUGAUUUUAACCGGUUUGAUUUUUGCGUUGUGGUUGAUUCUAUUGUUCUUUCGCGAGGAUCCUAUGGUUGUUUUAGGGCAUCAAAUUAGCGAUUUGGUUGUGAUUUCCGGUUUAGUUAUUGUUUCUGUGAGUGUUGUUUGGUUUACUGGAAUUUUGAACAAUUUGAUGAUUGGAUUAGGGUUAGGGUUUUUGGUGGCUUUGAUUCAUGGAGGUUUGAGGAAUACAGAAGGAUUGUUUGUUGAUGAAAAUGAGGCUGUUUCUACUGGAUUGAUUUCAAAUUCUGAAAGAGGAUAGGGCAAUUCCAAUAAUCAAAAUUAUUUGAUUCUUUUUUUUGUGUUUUUUGUUUUGUUGUGUAAGGUUGACAUUUGAGUUGAGAGUUGUGUUCAUAAGAUACAUUUGGUGUGCAUUGUUACUGAAUUAAAGGAGAAAGAUUAGAUUAUUUUGGUUUGUUAUUGAUUGUGAGUGAAUGUACUGAGUGUUUUGGUUUUGUAUGUAAUGUAGUUUACUGGUUCCAAAAGUUUACAGGAAAACCUGUUGCCACUGGUCUUGUAAUGUAUUUGACUAUUGUUUCAAUGAAUUUGUUCAGUUUUGAGCUUU